GCGAGGCGGGUACCGCCGCGAUGCUGCUGCGGGGCGGGCAGCGUGGGCAGCGGGGCAGCCACUGCCGGGCCCCGGGCCCGGGCUGCAGCAGCCUGCUAGCCUGGUUGAUGCUGACCUCCGCGGGGGCCGCGCCCUGCCUCGAUGGCUGCUGUCCUCUUGGCCUCUCGGGGCUGCGUUGCACCGGCCCGGGGGCCCUGGAGAACGUGUCCCACCUGUCAGACGCCGGGAACCUGAUGGAACUCUACAUCGAGAACCAGCAGGAUCUGCAGCAUUUGGAGUCGGGUGACCUCAAGGGCCUAGACGAGCUGAGAAACCUCACCAUCGUCAGGAGUGGUCUCCGGUCCCUGGCGCCAGAUGCCUUCCGCUUCACCCCUCGCCUCCAUCGCCUGAAUCUUUCCUUCAAUGUGCUGGAGUCGCUCUCCUGGAAAACCAUCCAGGGCCUCCCCUUACAGGAACUGGUCUUGACUGGGAACCCACUGCGCUGUUCCUGUGCUCUGCUCUGGCUGCAGCUCUGGGAGGACGAGGGGUGGGGCGGAGUGCGCCAACAGAAGCUGCAGUGCCAGGACCAGGGGCAGCGACCCCUCAGCCACAUGCCAAACAGCAGCUGUGAGUUGCCCACGUUGAAGGUCCAGGUGCCCAAUGUCUCCGUGGACGUGGGGAACAAUGUGUCGCUGCAGUGCCAAGUGGAGGGGCGGGACUUGAAGAAGGCUGGCUGGAACAAGGUUGAGCUGAAGUCAUCAGCCAUGGUGAUAGAAUCUGGGGAGCUCCCAGUCCUACAGCUGACCCUGUUCGAUGUCACUAGUGACCUCAAUAGGAAGAAUGUGACCUGCUGGGCCGAGAACGAUGUGGGCCGCGCUGAGGUCUCUGUGCAGGUCAACGUCUCCUUCCCAGCCAGUGUGAAGCUUCACCCUGCCGUGGAUAUGCACCACUGGUGCAUCCCUUUCUCGGUGGACGGGCAGCCGGCGCCCUCGCUACGCUGGCUUUUCAAUGGCCUCCUGCUUAAUGAGACCAGCUUCAUCUUCACCCAGUUCCUGGAGUCCUUGCCCAACGAGACUGCUCGGCAUGGCUGCCUGCGCCUCAACCAGCCCACACAUGUCAACAACGGCAACUAUACGCUGCUGGCCGCCAACGCCCUGGGCCAGGAUGCCGACACCAUAGCGGCCGCCUUCAUGGACAACCCCUUUGAGUUCAAUCCGGAGGACCCCAUCCCCGUCUCCUUCUCUCCAGUGGACAGCAACAGCACAUCUGGAGACCCAGUAGAGAAGAAGGAGGAAACACCUUUUGGGGUCUCUGUGGCUGUAGGCUUGGCUGUCUUCGCCUGCCUCUUCCUCUCUUCAUUGUUCCUUGUGCUCAACAAAUGUGGACGAAGGAACAAGUUUGGGAUCAACCCUCCCCAGGAUGUGGGGCCCAAGGGUGCCCAGCUGAGAGCCUUCCUGUGGCUGUGCCCCCUCCCAGGCCCUGCUGUGCUAGCUCCUGAAGAUGGACUCGCCAUGUCCCUGCACUUCAUGACCUUGGGUGGCAGCUCCUUGUCCCCCACCGAGGGCAAAGGCUCUGGACUCCAAGGCCACAUCAUUGAGAACCCUCAAUACUUCAGUGACGUCUGCGUCCAUCACAUCAAGCGCAGGGACAUCGUGCUCAAGUGGGAGCUGGGCGAAGGUGCCUUUGGGAAGGUCUUCCUGGCGGAGUGCCACAACCUGCUUCCAGACCAGGACAAGAUGCUGGUGGCUGUCAAGGCCCUGAAGGAGGUGUCAGAGAAUGCACGGCAGGACUUCCAGCGCGAGGCUGAGCUGCUUACGAUGCUGCAGCACCAGCACAUCGUCCGUUUCUUCGGCGUCUGCACCGAGGGCCGCCCUCUGCUCAUGGUCUUUGAGUACAUGCGGCAUGGAGACCUCAACCGCUUCCUACGGUCCCACGGGCCUGAUGCCAAGCUGCUGGCCGGAGGGGAGGACGUGGCUGCGGGUCCCCUGAGCCUGGGUCAGCUGCUGGCAGUGGCUAGUCAGGUAGCCGCGGGAAUGGUGUACCUGGCAGGUCUACACUUCGUGCAUCGGGACCUGGCCACACGAAACUGCCUGGUCGGUCAGGGGCUUGUGGUGAAGAUCGGUGACUUCGGCAUGAGCCGGGACAUCUAUAGCACUGAUUAUUACCGCGUGGGAGGCCGCACAAUGCUGCCCAUCCGAUGGAUGCCACCCGAGAGCAUCCUCUAUCGCAAAUUCACCACCGAGAGCGAUGUGUGGAGCUUUGGCGUGGUGCUCUGGGAGAUCUUCACUUAUGGCAAGCAGCCCUGGUACCAGCUCUCCAAUACUGAGGCCAUCGAGUGCAUCACCCAGGGCCGGGAGCUGGAGCGGCCACGGGCCUGCCCACCCGAGGUCUACGCCAUCAUGCGGGGCUGCUGGCAGCGGGAACCCCAGCAGCGCUGCAGCAUCAAGGACGUGCACGCACAGUUGCAGGCUCUGGCCCGGGCGCCUCCCGUCUACCUGGACAUCCUGGGCUAGAGGUGGCCCCGGGGCUCUGAGGGCAGCCUUCUAUGAUCUCAGAGCAUCCAACUCCCCCUCAGCAUGCAGGAGGGGACAGGUGGGGCCGGCGUGGAGAAUGUGCCCGCUCUUCCAGGCAGUGUCCGUCAUAGCAAUUAUAUUUAUGAUCCCUU